UCCUCCAUCAGCUCAGAGGAACUGCGCGGUGCCACUCCACCCCCCUCCUCGGCUCUCAGCUGUGACUUGUGGGAUCUGACCCAGGCCUGCCUCUCUGCCUGCCUGCCCACCCCUUGCUGUCUUGUGCACCGCCCUCCUUCCGCACCAUGGAUCGAUCUGUCCAGGAGCUCUUCCUCAACUUCAUGAUCGUCUUAAUCACCGUGCUGCUCAUGUGGCUGCUGGUGAAGUCCUACCAGGACGCGUGAGGGUGGGGCUGUCUGACAUGGGGGUGUGACAUAGCGAGGGCUGUGACUGCGGGCCCGGCCUGGGGGCCACGCUCUCCACCUGCGGCACCAAACCACCUGUAUCACUGUAGCCCUGUGGCCUCCAGCCUCCCAAAGCCCCCUAACUUAAUGCCUUUUACACAUUAAAAAAAAAAUCUCAUUUCAUUCACUUUCCCCUCUUUUAGCGAGUCUUGUGUGCGUUUAGGUAAAGACAGAUUUUUGUGAGUAUUCAGAUUUCUUCUGUUCUUGUAUAGUUUUAAACCCACAAAAAUUAACUGCUAUAAAUGCACCUGUAGGAAAGUAUAGCACAAGCUUGAAAUAGCAAUAAAUUGUUCAUGUUAUUGAAAAAAACAAAAUAUAAAUGUAAGCACAGACUGAGUUUACGGUUUCUACAAUAAAAAAAAUACUGUAA